CAUCCCUGUUCACGCACGAGGCACGACAGGCAUGGCGGCUCGAAGGUUCAGGCCGAUCGAGCAGUGCGCCUCGGAGGGGCGGUCGCACCAGACGGUGGCAGCCGACCUCGACGGCACACUCCUCCUGUCCCGCAGCGCGUUCCCGUACUACCUCCUCAUCGCGCUCGAGGCCGGCAGCCUCCUCCGCGCCGUGGCCCUCCUCCUGUCUGUGCCCUUCGUAUACCUCACCUACGUCUCCUUCUCCGAGACCCUGGCCGUGCGCACGCUCCUCUACAUCGCCGUGGCGGGCCUCAGGAUGAGUGACAUCGAAGCGGUGGCCCGGUCGGUGCUCCCCAGGUUCUACGCCGGCGACGUCCACCCGGAGGGGUGGCGCGUGUUUGGCUCGUUCGGGAGGAGGUACAUCGUCACGGCGAGCCCGAGGGUGAUGGUGGAGCCGUUCGCGAGGGAGUUCCUUGGCGCGGACAAGAUCAUCGGGACGGAGCUGGAGGUGAGCGUGUCCGGGAAGGCUACGGGCUUCGUCGCCAAGCCCGGGGUGCUGGUCAGCGAGCACAAGAGGCAGGCGGUGCUGAGGGAGUUCGGCGACGCGCUGCCGGACGUGGGCAUGGGGGACCGAGAGAGCGACUUCGACUUCAUGGCCAUCUGCAAGGAAGCGUACAUCGUAACACCAAAGAAGUACCGUGCGGUGCCCAGGGACCAGCUGCAGAGCCGCGUCAUCCUCCACGACGGCCGCCUCGUCCGGCGCCCGACGGCGAUCAACACGCUGCUCACCUUCCUGUGGAUGCCGCUUGGCUUGGCGCUCGCGCUGCUGCGCGUCCUCAACCUGCUCCUGCCGGAGCGCGUCGUCUUCUACACCCACAAGCUCAUGGGCAUCAGGCUUGUGGUGCGCGGCCACCCGCCGCCGCCGCCGCCCAAAAAGGGCCGCCCGAGCGUCCUCUUCGUGUGCAACCACCGCACCGUGCUCGACCCGGUCGAGGUCGCCGUCGCGCUGGGCCGCAAGGUGAGCUGCGUCACGUACAACGUCUCCAGGUUCUCGGAGCUCAUCUCGCCGAUCAGGGCCGUCGCGCUGUCCCGGGAGCGCGACAGGGACGCCGCCCUCAUCCGGCGGCUGCUCGAGGAGGGCGACCUCGUCAUCUGCCCCGAGGGCACCACCUGCCGCGAGCCGUUCCUGCUGCGGUUCAGCGCGCUAUUCGCUGAGCUCACCGACCGCAUCGUGCCCGUGGCUAUCAACACCAAGGAGAGCAUGUUCCACGGGUCCACGGCGCGCGGGUACAAGCUCAUGGACCCCUGCUUCUUCUUCAUGAACCCGCGGCCGACGUACGAGAUCACGUUCCUGAACCAGCUGCCGAGGGAGCUGACCUGCGGCGGCGGGAGGUCGCCGAUCGAGGUGGCCAACUGCGUCCAGAAGGUCCUGGCCACGCAGCUCGGGUCCGAGUGCACCAGCAUCACGCGCAAGGACAAGUACGGGAUGCUCGCUGGCAACGACGGCCGCGUGCCACUGAAGGAGAAGGACUAGGGAAGACCGGAAGACAGACACUGAUACUAUUGCCUUGCAUUGAGCGUUGCGAUCGACGGAUGAUUUGCCAUUGAUGUUUGUGAUAAGAAGUGGUUUGGUUCUAGAUCUGUUAUCUUGACUUAUUAAGCAAUGUUAAAGAAAAAAAAAAAACAUGUUUUCCUCCCAAGAGCAGGAAAUUACCACUUCGAUCAGUG